CAGUGUUUGUUACAGAGUAGUUGAGAUUCAUUCUGGCAGAGUAUUUUCUCAAUGUUCAUGUUGAACUGAACAGGGAUGAAUUGAGGGUUGACCUUUCAUCACAGCACAACACAAUAAGAGAGUGAAAUUGGAAAAAUGCCAAUCUGAAAGGACUCUCUCUCUCUCUGAUUUGUUCUUCGUUCGAUGGCGUGUGAGGAAGUGGCUCAUUCGAGGCCUCUGUUCCUCACGAUCUACACUAUUGUCAUCGUUGGCAUCGUCUUUUCCUCACUCUACGUCUUCUCCGCCAUUCGCCACCCCUCCGCCAUUCCUUCUACUUGGUCCCUUUCAAAUGAGGAUGUUCGUCUUACAGAACAAACACUCAACGGUUCUCAGUCGGAAACUGUGCAUAUUGUGCCUUCUGUUCCUCAGGAGGCACGAAAAAUGAGGACAAGGCCUAUUUUGAGUGUUCCUCCACGCAAUAAAAAGAUGCCAUCUUUGAAUGCAUUCAGAUUGACCAAAGAAUUGGUUCAGCAAAGGGUGAAAGAUAAUAUUAUAAUUUUGACCUUUGGUAACUAUGCGUUUAUGGACUUUAUUCUGACUUGGGUUGAACAGUUGAAUGAUCUGGGAGUUUCUAAUUAUCUUGUUGGUGCAAUGGAUAUCAAGUUAUUGGAGGCGCUUUAUUGGAAAGGGAUACCGGUUUUUGACAUGGGCAGCCAUAUGAGUACAGAUGAUGUUGGCUGGGGUUCUCCAACAUUUCAUAAAAUGGGGAGAGAAAAAGUUCUUCUGAUCAACUUGAUAUUGCCUUUUGGUUAUGAGCUAUUGAUGUGUGACACUGACAUGGUUUGGUUGAAGAACCCACUUCCAUAUCUUGCUCGUUAUCCCGAAGCAGAUGUUUUAACAUCCAGUGAUCAAGUUGUUCCAACAGUGGUUGAUGAUAGUCUGGAAAUUUGGCAAGAAGUUGGUGCUGCUUACAACAUAGGAAUUUUCCAUUGGAGACCUACAGAGUCUGCGAAAAAAUUAGCAAAGGAAUGGAAGGAACUGCUUCUAGCUGAUGAUAAGAUAUGGGAUCAGAAUGGUUUUAAUGAUAUUGUACACAGACAAUUAGGACCGUCAGUUGAUGAGGACAGUGGACUUGUUUAUGCUUAUGAUGGAAAUCUAAAGCUGGGAAUUUUGCCUUCGAGCAUCUUCUGUAGUGGACAUACAUAUUUUGUCCAGGCAAUGUAUCAGCAACUCAGAUUGGAGCCAUAUGCAGUGCACACAACAUUUCAAUAUGCAGGCACUGAAGGAAAGCGCCACCGACUGCGAGAAGCCAUGGUUUUCCGUGAUCCACCUGAAUACUAUAAUCCUCCUGGGGGCUUCUUGUCAUUUAAGCCAUCUAUUCCAAAAAGCUUGUUGCUAAGUGGGAAUCAUACCAUUGAAUCGCAUUUUAGACUUGUUAAUUACCAAAUAAAACAGAUUAGGACAGCACUUGCAAUUGCUUCCCUUUUGAACAGGACACUGGUCAUGCCUCCACUAUGGUGCAGAAUUGAUAGGUUAUGGUUUCCCCAUCCUGGUGUUUUGGACGGGUCUAUAACUAGACAACCUUUUCUCUGUCCUUUGGAUCAUGUAUUUGAGGUAAAUGUCAUGUUGAAAGAACUCCCAGAGGAAGAGUUUGGCUCUGGAGUAGAUAUUAGGGAGUACUCAAUACUUGAUAAUCCCUCCCUCCCCUCAGAGGUGAAGAUGUCAUGGCUUGAUGUUCAGCUCUGUAAGGAUGGAACCCAAGAUUGUUUUGCAUCAAAUAAUACCACUGUUGGGGGAGUACUCAAAUUUCCAAGGCAUAGCAAUGAAGAAACGUACAUGAAAGUAUUUUUAUCAUUCAAGGAUAUAAAAGUCAUUCAGUUCUCUUCAAUGCAAGAUGCUUUCUCAGGUUUCAGUGACAAGGAAAGGGAAGAUAGAUUCAGAAAACGUGUUAAACGGUACACGGGUAUAUGGUGCUGCGUGCUGGAUCACACUCCUGGCCACAUUUAUUACGAUAUGUACUGGGAUGAGAAACCUGAAUGGAAGCCAAUCCCUCCUCAAACUUCUGCAGAUGAUCAUCCACCUUGGUGAGGCCAACUUCAGGAUCAUGUUUGUUAAAACGCUAUGGACAGGAGAUACGUGGAAGAGAUUUAUUAAUGAUGGUUUGGUUUCCAACUAAUUGUCAAGACCAAGAUGUAUACUUUCGGAAGUAAAGAAUAUGUAUCCACAUUGAGGAUGUUGUUGGAGACAUGAGACAAUAUGGUUCAUGUGUAACAAUGGGAAGAACAUGCUUUGUAUCAAGUUUCCAACAUUGCAAAUUGGAGAAAUUGAAGCUGACAUUUUCCUAGAUAAGGAUGCAGUUUUUGAACGCUGAUGUCUCAGUUGAUAUUGAAUUGCGCUUGUAAUUAAAAAUAAAUAAAUAAAUACCGAAGACAUUCGAAUGUACCACUCCUCUCUUUUAUUGCAAACAGGAAAUUAGAUGUUGCCUUUUCUAA